CAGGCUGUGUGACUCACAGGUCUAGGCAGAAUACGAGGAUGAGGAUUCCAUCCAAGCUGAGCACGGGACGGGAACCUCCUCCCUUCUCCUGGCCGGGGAGGGAGAAAACACCAUCUCUCCCUCUCCCCCAAAUCCUUGAGGGACAAAUCUCCCUCGAGAACGAGAGCAGUAAAGCAUCGCUACAUUGCGUGGCGUAAAGAAUGGCCAUGUCGUCGUCGUCGUCGUCGUCGCCGUCGUGCUGCCUCAAGAGCUUCGCAUGGCAAGGCACGCCCAGCGGCCGGGUCGACAAGCUGGGCGCCAACGACAGCUAUGUCACGGGCGACAACCCGGAGCGGGCGGUGCUCUUCAUCCACGACGCCUUGGGGUGGACGUUUCCCAACGCCCGCCUCCUGGCCGACCACUACGCGCGCGAGGCCGACGCCACCGUCUACGUGCCGGACUUCCUGGGCGGCGAGGUGCUGCCGUUCGAGCCCAUCCUGCAGGGCCGCUUCCACGAGGUCGACUUCGCGGGAUUUCUGGCCCGCAACGGCCGCGAGGUUCGCGAGCCCGAGAUCCUCGCCGCCGCCCGCCUGCUGCGCUCCCGGUACAAGCGCGUCGCCGCCGUCGGGUUCUGCUACGGCGGCUGGGCGUGCUUCCGGCUCGGGACGGCGCAGGAGCACCAGCCGCCGCUGGUCGACUGCAUCACCGCGGGCCACCCGAGCCUGCUCACCAAGAAGGACAUCGACGAGGUCGCCGUCCCCGUGCAGAUGCUGGCCCCCGAACACGACCCGACCUACACCCCCGAGCUGAAGACGCACACCUUCGAGACCGUCCCCAAGGCGGGCGUCUACUUCGAAUACCUACAUUUGCCCGGGGUGGAGCAUGGAUGUCUUGUGAGAGGGGAUCCUGACAAGGCGGGCGAGAGGGAGGCGAUGGCUAGGGCCAGGAAUGCUGCCGUGACUUGGUUCAGGCAGUUCUUACAUGAGGGCUGAACGAGAGAGUAUGCUCGAGCAUGCGGAGCAAACAAGUAUUGGAUCCUAUCAUCCUCCACGUAAUUCCCAUCCGUUCAUAUCUAGC